CACCCAAUCGCACUUGAGCGGCGGCUCUAGCUCCGGUUGCGUGCGGGAGCAACAUGGCGGAUCGCCUCACGCAGCUCCAAGACGCAGUAAACUCGCUUGCAGAUCAGUUUUGUAAUGCCAUUGGAGUGUUGCAACAGUGUGGUCCACCUACUUCAUUUAAUAACAUUCAAUCAGCAAUUAACAAGGACCAGCCAGCUAACCCCACAGAAGAAUAUGCUCAGCUUUUUGCUGCACUGAUUGCCCGGACAGCAAAAGAUAUUGAUGUUUUGAUAGAUUCUUUACCCAGUGAAGAAUCGACAGCCGCAUUACAGGCUGCUAGCUUGUAUAAGCUGGAGGAAGAGAACCAUGAAGCUGCUACCUGUCUGGAAGAUGUUGUUUAUCGAGGAGACUUGCUUCUGGAAAAGAUCCAGAGUGCACUGGCUGACAUUGCUCAGUCCCAGCUGAAGACAAGAAGUGGAGCCCACACCCAACCUUUUCCAACUACUAGCACUGUCACACCCUGGGCUGAAAAAAGGACUGGUCCAUGCCGUUAGCAUUCUGCAGCAGGUAUACCAACACAGCAACAUCAGUCUCUCAGAUGUGCUGCCUUUCAGCCAGUUUUAAUUCUCUCUUUUUUGUUGAUAAAUAAGCUUAUAAAGUCUUGAUAGAAUCUGCUUUAAGCCAUCUUUGUGUCAUCAUUUUAUUUUUGUUUUUUCCCCCUCUGGAUGAAGACAUCAAUGCAUUUGUAUUCAUAAUAGAAUUAAACAUAUAAUAAAGUUAUGCAUUGUUUUUUUCA